AUGAAACCACUCUCUUUAUCAGACAACAACAAACUAGUCGCUGCAUAUAAUCAUGCCCUGAGAGCGAUCACUACAUUGCUCACACGGGCGGGCGUCUUCCUCAUUUCUCUUGGUAUUGACGGCCAUAUCGUCUCGAGGGGCGUCGCCAGUCUUGCUGACUCAUUGAGGGAGCUUCAAGGCAUAGUCACAAUGAUAGAGGACUUGGUAGAACACAUGAUAAAUAGCCAGAACAACGCUCAGGAAAAUCCGGUAGAAAAUGAACAGAAAGAAGAGGAUGGCGCGGCUUUACCUCGCACGCCGCCACGCAGCACUCACCUAAAUCAAUCUCCGUGUCUGGGACCUACCCCCGCCGUGCCCGGCCCCGCAGCCCCUUACGGAGUGUCUACACCAUGGUCGGCAUUUCCGCAAUCUUCGCCUCAAGUCACAUCGCUAUUUCGCCGUGACAUUCAAAAUACUCCUCUAUUCACUCGGAACGCGCCCGCUCUCUUCAAUCACAUGCGGGCAGUACCUACAUAUCAAACACCUGUUCACACACUUGGACUCUUCGGAUCUCCCAUGACCUCCCGCGUGACAACGCCGCUUGGAUACGGAGGGCAUCUUUCUUCCGUCAACACUCCUCGCCAAAUCCCACCAUCGUUCUGGCGACCGACACCAAAAGCACAUGCGGUCAAACUGAUGGUACCGGACAAUGCAAGGCAUAGAAAGAAGGCUGGCAAAGAGAACGAGGAAGAAUUGUCGGUUUCCUCCGCAGCGAGCAGGUUAAUACCAUCACUCUUUGAGUAA